AUGCGCUCCAAAUUCAAGGACGAGCACCCCUUCGAAAAGCGCAAGGCAGAAGCUGAACGCAUCCGUCAAAAAUACGCCGAUCGCAUCCCGGUGAUCUGCGAAAAAGUGGAGAAGUCGGACAUCGCCACCAUCGACAAGAAGAAGUACCUGGUGCCGGCCGACCUGACGGUCGGACAGUUCGUCUACGUCAUCCGCAAGCGCAUCAAGCUGAGCCCGGAGAAGGCCAUCUUCAUCUUCGUGGAUGAGGUGCUGCCCCCGACGGCGGCGCUCAUGAGCAGCAUCUACGAGGAACACAAGGACGAGGAUGGCUUUCUGUACAUCACGGUGUCGCGGGAGAUCAUUCUCGACCCUGCAACAGCCUCCCUCUCUUUCCAUGAACAUGCGGAUUUUGUCAACCUCGAGCGGAUCAUCACAGUCCAGCUGCUUUGUCAAAAUUACCAUUACCACCUCCGCAGCAAGGGUGGUCUCGAUACGCUCAGCAGGGCCCAGAUACUCCCCAACCUCUCUGUCACUUAUCAGCAUCUUUCGCAAACGAUGCACCAUCAUCUGAUCCUCAUCGUUCCACCUCGCAACCAGGAGGCGCUCGGGAAAGCUCCAUGGCUUAUGCUUGUAGCACAGCAUCGUGCGUUGCUGGCAGUUGAUAUCGACUGGGCACCUUGA